AAAACUUUUUAACACCGGAAGCUGAACAAAGAAAUUUCAGAGUUUCUACGACAUGGGAAAGAUAUCCCAUCGGGAAGAGAAACGUAGGCAAUGGAGGGAGGAGAAAAAGACCAAUCCCAGAGUCACUAGAGCAAGCACCACCCAGUCAACUCCAGGGAAGACCAAGGAUACAGUGAAAGCAGCUGUUCCCAACUCACACACUCCAAGCGAAACUAAAAAGAAACAUUCUUUGGCAAAUAAAGCUAAGACUUCGCCGCCUUCUUGCGCACAACACAACAACAAUAAUAAUAAUAUUAUUGACAAGAAAUUCAAUGAUCUUCAUAACAAUAAAAAAUCAAAAUAUGGAAAUACGGUGAAAAUCUCCAAAACAGAGCCAGACAGUUCUGACGAGCCUCCUUCUAAAAAACAAAAGCUGCAGUAUGUUGAUGCUGUUGAACGAUUAGAAAGCAGUACAAGUGUUCAUGUGCCUAAAAAACUAGUUCUUGUGGUUGGGAAUUUACCUGAGGAUGUGACGAAAGAACAGAUAAUGGAGCAUUUCAAAAGAACAGGUGGUGUGAAAUCUGUGAAGAUCCCCAAACAGAAAGGUACAGAAACUGGGAAAGGCUGUGCGUAUGUGGAGUUCAGAAAUACAAUCAGUCAUCGGUUGGGUGUACGCCUUCACAAUACAACACUGGCCGGACGGAAGAUCUGCGUUGAGUUUGCUCCGGAGGGGAAGCUUACGGAGAGAAAACUCACGGAAACUCUGCAGCUGAAAGAGGAAACUCAAGACUUGAAGAUGCCUUUUGACACUUAGCCUACCUCAGAAUUGUGUAUGCUAUCAAUUUUGUUCUUCCUUUAUGGGUUGUGUUUUAAAAGUUGAGUGAUGCGAAUGAUAUACAUGUACUUGUUUUUUGAGUUUUGCCAUACUUGUAGGUUGUUCUUCACUAAAUAUCAUUUUGUUCAACAUAUUUUUAGUGAAGUAAAAAUAUAAGUUAAAUAGGACGACGACUAUUAUGACCCUCAAUCUAUUACACAAUCAACACUACCUUGUGUCCUAAGGCGUUAAUCGUGGUGUAUUUUGCAUUUAUGCGGUUGUACAGAAAAUCCUGACGUUUCAUUCAUAAUGUGUUUUCAUGUAAAUAGGCAUUUAAUAAACUAUAUGUAGAAUAGUUGCAGAACUAAAAAAAAAUGAGAGAGAUAAUUGAGUUAAUCUUGAUGGAGUAAAAAUAAUGCACCCUUAAUAGUCCAUAUUUUGAUUGAAUAGUCAUUUGACAUGUGUUUGAAACUAGAGGUGCCAUAUAAAAUUAAAAUAUGUAUGAUUCAUACUUAUCGCUAGUUUGUAAUGUUUUUAUUUGGAUAUACAUGUAUCCUCAAAAAAUCCCAGUUAUAGAUUGGGAUGACUUGGCAAGCAUUUGAAAAGCCUUUUUGUUGUUGUUGUUUUUUCGUGUCGUAAACACAACAGUUUAAUCUGUACCUUAGUCAGAUUUUUUGUCAGCAUGAUAUUUAAGACCAGUACCAGUUUGAAUAUGGAUCAUCUCUGGUAUUUCUCCCAUAAAUUCAACUGUGUUUAUCCAAUCUUCAAGAAACUUAGGCAGAAUAUUUCUGUGCAUGAUAUUUAGAACAACCCCGGUAGUAUGAAUAUGGGUGAUGUGGAGUCAGAAAUAGAUCUAACCAGUGUGAACUUGGGUCAAACCAGUGUGAACUUGGGUCAAACCAGUGUGAACUUGGGUCAAACCAGUGUGAACUUGGGUCAGCUGCAUUUACAUUUUCCCCUGAAAACAUACACCCAGCUGCAAAAUCACAUUUAUUAAAUGAUAAAUCUGGCUUUAAUAUGAUGUUUGUAUUAACCCUUUGUUUAUGACUCCUUAUUGUUCUUUAUAUAUUUUUGAGUUAUAUGUAUUUUGGAUGUUUGUAUCUCUUGUUAUUUGAUGUAAUAUACAUACUAUGUAUACAUUUUGUGCUAUCAUAAAUUUAGUCUGUUAUUUAUUUCACUUACAAGAGAAUGUUUCUGCCAUAACAAUUAUUAUGAUAUUGCUUUUUCAGAGUUUUAACAUGUUAUCAAUAGGAGAACGAUAAAAAUAGAGUUAGUUAAUAUAUUAUGUAUACACUUAUAAUGCAUGAUACUUUUUAUGCCCAUAUGUAUUUGUCUAAAAUUUAAUCAUUAUUUCAUUUCCAAUGAAUGUCAUCUGUUCCAUACAUGCCAUAUUUCUUAGAGGCUUCCCAGGGGAUUUUGGUCUGAAUUCCAGGGGAUUUUGAUAUUACACCAGGGGAUUUUUACGCAGCAAAAUUUUGCUCAAUAUCCACAUUUAUGAUAUAAGAAUAAAUACAGAAACACACUCUAAUUAUAAUAAUUUUUGGAAUUAGUCAUCAUGGACUUUCAUGGAAUUUUACACUCAUAAUACUAUGGAUGCUUUCCGCUGUCAACCUUGAGCUAGUAUGAAAAAUAAAUAAAAUAAAACAAUUUUCAGGGCAUGGGUUGGAAUUCCGGGGGAUUUUUUCCCUACCGGGAGAUAUGGCAUGUGUGCUGUUCUUUAACUACUUAAAGUGCCAUCAGUGACUGAGGUCGACAACAUCUUUCUCUUUAUUUCUCUGUAUAAUCAUUGGUAAAGAAAGUAUGUAAUUAUCUACAGUAAUUAUGUACUGGUAAUGGUAUAAAAAUUGUUUUGGAUAAUUGUUUCUUUCAUAAAUUGAUGGUAUGCAUUUUCUUUGAAAAAGAGCAUUUUGAUGUAAAUUUUUCAAAAACUGUGUAAAGAUAAAGCUCAUAUUUUUUAUUAUUGCUUUUCCUUGUUAAAAUGCAGCAAGUCAUUUUGAAAUGUAUAUGUGUACCAGUGUAUAAGGUACAAUUGAGAAUGUUGUUUUUGAAAUAUGUACUAUGUACAUGUAUUAUUAAACAGAAUUAUAAACAUAUCUGUGAAUUAUUUGUAUAUUUGUAUUUAUUGUUGUUGUUUUGUUUAGUUGAAAUGUUGUUUUUCAUAAAACAGGUAAUAUGUUAAUUCACUUCCUGUUUUUUUUUUUCGGAUUACUUUUUUUGUUUAAAAAACACAACAUUUCUUUUGUUUCAAUUUUUCAUUGCACUUCUCGUUUGUUCUUUAGUAUUUCAUUAAACACAAUCAUGAACAUUAUUAAUUAUGAUUUUCAUGAUGUAUUUCUUAACAGCUUAGGACUUAAAUCAUGACACUACUUGAUUAUCUGGUUAAAAAAUAUAAUGUUCAUAAUUGUGUGAAAUGGACACUGAUCAUUACAUUUUUGCUCACAAAUAAAAAAAAAAUAUAUUCCAUAUGUAUGUAUUAAUGCUUCUCUAGGUUUCUACUUUGUGUCUUCGACAUGCGAAAUUAUCACAAGGCCCCCGAUUUCUUGAAACUUCUUAAGUUAAACAGGCUUAAAUAGCUUAUUUCAAUAAACCAACAUACAUUUUUAGCUCGACUAUUCGAAGAAUAAGGAGAGCUAUACUACUCACCCCGGCGUCGGCGUUGGCGUCACACCUUGGUUAAGGUUUUGCAUGUAAGCACCUUUAAGUCAUUAUCUCAGUAAAUACAUCAGUUAUUGCAUUGAAAUUUUGGAUAUGUAUUCCCAACUAUCUAACAUACUAAAUUAAUGAAGGUAGAUAACAAUUAUUUGAAUAUAAUGCAAAUAAUAGGCUUUUAUUAUUCGACUUAGAAAUUCUGGUUAAGGUUUUGCAUGUAACCACAUUUAAGUCAAUAUCUCAGCAAAUAUAUCAUGUAUUGCAUUGAAACAUUAGAUAUGUAUUCCCAGAUAACAAUUUUUUUAAUAUAAUGCAAAUUAUGGGCCUUUAUUAUUUGACUUAGAAAUUCUGGUUAAGCACACAUAGGCUAAUAUCUCAGCAAUUACUUGAUGGAUUACAUUGAGACUUUAUACAAUGGUACUCAACCAUCCAAUCUACUUAAUUAACCAAGUUAGAUAACUCUAGUUUUCAUUUAAUGCAAAAUAAUUGCCCUUUAUUAUUCGAAUUAGAAAUUCUGGUUAAGGUUUUGCAUGUAACCACAUUUAAGUCAAUACCUCAGCAAAUACAUCAUGUAUUACAUUGAAACUUUGCACACAGGCUCCCAACCAUUUAACCUUCUUAUUUAAUCAAGUAAGAUAACUCUAUCUUUUAUAAUAUAUAAUUUUUGCCCCUUUAUUAUGCGGCUUAGAAAUUCUGGUGAAGGUCUUGCAUGUUAGCACACAUAGGAUAAUAUCUCAGCAACUAUUUGAUGUAUUGCAUUGAGACUUUAUACAAUGGUAUUCAACCAUUGAAUAACCAAGUAAGAUAACUGUAUUUUGCAAAUAAUGGCCCUUUAUUAUAAGACUUAGAAAUUCUUGUUAAAAUUUUGCAUGGAACCAAACAAAACUUUUCAAUCCUUACAUUGAAAAGCGGCGGAAUAGUCGAGCGCGCUGUCUCUGUGACAGCUCCUGUUAAACUUUAUUUUGAAAAGUAGAAAAUUGUUUAUUGUAAUAAUCAUAAAGAUAUAUCCUAUGUUAAGUUUAAAAACUGGUUAAAGGUGUUAUAAAUAGUAGGUAGAGAAUUGGAAAUAAAAAAUAGUGUACUUAGCUUAAUCCUUUUGUAAGGGACUUAAGAAGUUUCUGGAUAUUGGGGCCAGGGGUUAAUAAGUUUAAGAUUAAUCUUGAAAUCAAGAUUAAGAGCUUUUGAAUUCAGACUAUGUACAGAUGUAAAUAUUUAGUUUAUUGCUCGAUAUUUGAUAAAAAAACAACAGAAGAAAGUACCUGAAAAUAAAAGUGAAUGACUAUGGAAACAAUUUCAAAAAAGGAUAAGUGUCCUUUACCCUGUUUAAGGCAUACUCAAACAGACCCACAGCUAUUUUUCGGGAUUGGCAGUUAUCCGCUGUUAGAACCCCUGACCCCAAUUUCCGGAAACCUCUCAAGUCCCUUUUCACAGGGUCAAGAUCAGCUCACUAUUUUUGAUUUUGUAUAAUUUGCGUAUUAUUCUCUUUUUGAGUUAUGAGGCUUUUAAAGGAAAUAAUAUUUGAGAUAAAUAAGAUCAAAUAAUUUUUGGUAUAUAAAAUCAUAUUUAAGUAAGUAAUUUUGCUAAAUGAAAUAAGAUAGUUUCAAGUUAUGCUUAAAAAUUUUGGGAAAUUGGGGCCUGAACUUUAUUAACCAGUCUGACUUAAGUACACAAUCUUACUUAGGUAAUGUCAAAGGCUCAAAGCAUAUUAUAAUAUAAAUAUGAUUUUAAUUAGAUUGCAACAUUGAUAUAGAUGAGAAAGGUUUUCAUUUAAAUGUGCAUGUAAAUAGCUUAAGGAUUUUCCAUUUUAACAUACACCCCAUGGCCCAUGCCAUUAAGGCACUUUCAUAUUUGACUGUCCUGCUUUAGAAGUUUUAAGAUGCACUCUUACUCCCAAAUAAGAAGUACCACAAUUAAUACAAUUGCUUUAAUUUACCGAAAAGGGUGAAUAAAUAUAAAAACAAUGGGUCUUAUGAAGAAUAAUGCGUUUAAUUUGAAAGCAAUUUGCAGAAAACACAGUAUUUUUAUUGUCACUGUAAAUCUUUUAGGACCCACAAGUCAUUUAAUAUUGGUGUGUGUUUCAGCUAUUAAAUACACGGUUACAAUCUUGUUAUAAGCAAUUAAUAUUUUCCAAAAAUGCAUUAUUUUGUAUUAAAGUAGUUGAAGAAUUUCUAUAUUUUGAGUUGUGUUGUAUGUUGAUAUGGAAUAGCCCUUAUGGAAUGUAAACUAACAUAUUAUAUUUAAUAUAUUAUAAGGUUUCCAUAUUUGAAAUGUUUGUUAGAUUGUAUUUCUGCAUUGUCCAGCAUGUAUUCUUUAUAUAAUUAUGCUGAGCAUAACUUUUCAAACUAUCACUCCGAUGUAUGUGAACAUGUCCUGACCUUUCUCUGGAGUGUUAUAAGAGAUAAUAUAAUUAUUUCAUCAUCAUUCUUUAAUGUAAUUGUUGAUAUUGCAGUAAUUGAUUAUUGAUUAUUGUGAAUGGUGCUUUUGGGAAAAAUAAAUGAAAAUAAAUUGUU